ACCCACAUUCAUUUCCCAGAGUGCGCUGGAUGUGCUGCCUCUGCUGUCUUGCUUUUGAGACCUUCUGCCCGUGAGCACUCUGCAGGCUGUUUUACAGCAAUGGACUUGGACCCAUAUGCAAGCAUGCAGGUUGGGAUGCGGGUGGUCCGUGGAGUGGACUGGAAAUGGGGAAAUCAGGACAACGGCGAAGGGAAUGUUGGGACUGUGGUUGAGAUUGGUCGGCAAGGCAGUCCAACAACACCAGAUAAGACGGUGGUGGUCCAGUGGGAUCAUGGGACCAGAACCAACUAUCGGACUGGAUUCCAAGGAGCUUAUGACCUUCUUCUGUACGACAAUGCACAAAUAGGUGUGCGCCAUCCCAACAUCAUCUGCGACUGCUGCAAGAAACAUGGGAUCAGGGGAAUGCGGUGGAAGUGCAAGGCAUGUUUUGACUACGACCUGUGCACGCAGUGCUACAUGAACAACAAGCACGACCUCUCACAUGCUUUCGAGCGCUACGAGACUGCACACUCACGACCGGUCCUAGUGAGUCCACGGCAGAAUCUGACUCGUAUCCAGUUAAAGGGCACCUUCCAGGGGGCUAAGGUAGUCCGUGGCCCAGACUGGGAAUGGGGCAAUCAGGAUGGUGGUGAAGGCAAAACCGGGAGAGUGAUGGACAUUCGUGGCUGGGAUGUGGAGACUAGCCGAAGUGUGGCCAGUGUCACAUGGACUGAUAGCACCACAAAUGUUUACCGCGUCGGACACAAGGGCAAGGUGGACCUCAAGUGCAUUGUGGAAGCAUUGGGUGGCUUUUACUACAAAGAGCAUCUCCCAAAAUUAGGAAAGCCAGCUGAACUGCAGAAGAAAGAGAGCACGGCUCGGCACCCUUUCCAGCACGGUGACAAAGUGAAGUGCUUGCUGGACGUCGAUAUCUUGCGAGAGAUGCAAGAAGGACAUGGGGGUUGGAACCCUAAAAUGGCUGAGUUCAUUGGCCAGACAGGCACUGUGCACAGGAUCACAGACCGAGGGGACGUGAGGGUCCAGUUCAACAGCGAGACCCGAUGGACUUUCCACCCAGGAGCCCUGACCAAGCUCAACACCUUUUGGGUGGAUGAUGUUGUCCGAGUGAUAGAUGAUAUGGAAACAGUGAAGCGAUUGCAAGCUGGUCAUGGGGAGUGGACAGAUGAGAUGGCACCUACGCUAGGGCACAUUGGCAAGGUGAUCAAGGUCUUUGGGGAUGGGAACCUGCGGGUGUCUGUCGGAGAGCAGUCCUGGACCUUCAACCCAGCUUGCCUCACAGCCUACCAACGAGAUGAGGAUGCCAACCUCAUGACAACGGAAAACGCCAAGGAGUCAAAAAGCACUCUGAUCAGCAUCCUGGAGAAGCUGCUCUCCCAGAAGGCAGAGUCAGAUCACCCAGGGCGCUUGGUCCUCGAGGCAGCACAUGGCAAUGCUGCAAAGGUCCGGGACCUGGUGCAGAAGUACCCUGACAAGGUCGACAUUAAGAACCAGGGCAGAACUGCGCUCCAGGUGGCAGCCCACCUGGGCCGGGUGGAGGCUGUGAAGAUCUUACUCCAAGCUCAUGCCAGCAUUGACCUGAGAGAUGAAGAGGGGGAUGCGGCACUGCAUUAUGCAGCUUUUGGGAACCAAGCGGAGGUCGCCCGUUUGCUCAUGAGCAAAGGGGCCAAUGCUGACCUGCUAAAUAAUGCAAAGUGCACAGCCCUGUACGUUGCAGUCAACAAAGGAUUCAUGGAGGUGGUGCGGGCCCUUUGUGAGCAUGGCUGUGACGUCAACCUCCCGGACUCAUAUGGCGACACCCCCCUGCAUUAUGCCAUCACCACAGACUUCAAAGGCAUCAUUGAGAUCCUCACAGAAGUACCGAACAUUGAUUUCACUGUCCAGAAUCGCCAGGGCUUUAACCCACUGCACCAUGCGGCUCUGAAAGGAAACAAGCUUGCCAUAAAGAAGAUCCUGGCAAGAGCCCGGCAGUUGGUCGAUGCUAAGAAAGAAGAUGGCUUCACCGCCCUGCAUCUCGCUGCCCUCAACAACCACAAGGAAGUGGCAGAAAUCUUGAUUAAAGAGGGCCGCUGUGAUGUAAACCUCAGGAACAACCGGAACCAGACCCCGCUGCACCUGGCCGUCACACAGGGGAACGUGGAGAUGGUGCAGCUGCUGGUCAGCGAAGGCAGCGAUGUCAAUGCUGAGGAUGAGGAUGGGGACACGGCCAUGCACAUUGUCCUGGAGCGGCAGCAGCUCAUGUCCAUCAUGUUGGAGGAACAGGAAGGGAAUGAGGGACAGUCACUCUUCUCCAUGCUAAAGGCAUCAGGCUUCCUUGGGAACACAGAGCUGAAUGUUGGCUCUGCAAUUGCCUGUUACUUGGCACAAGAAGGAGCGGACAUUAAUUACGCCAACCACAGGGGAAAGUCUCCUCUGGACCUCAUCACAGAUGGCCGAAUAAUCCUGAUCAUCAAGAACUUCGCCCAGAAAUUCAGGGAACAGCAAGUGUCUCUGGACAGUGUAACAGUGCCCUGCAGCCUACGCAGGGUGCACACCACCCCCAACACCAUGACCAACCUCAGCGUGUCAAGCAUGGCUGCCCCCACCGAGUGCCUGGUCUGCUCGGAGCUGGCCCUGCUCAUCCACUUCUUCCCCUGUCAGCACAGCAUCGUUUGUGAAGAAUGCUCCCGGAGGAUGAAGAAGUGCAUCAAAUGUCAAGUGACAAUAACCAAAAAACUCAAACAAGACAGCACAGAGGUGGAGUGCAGCCCUAGCACAGAGUCCACAGACCAGCAGAAGCUGAUGGAAGAGCUGCAGAGCCGCUACCGUCAGAUGGAGGAGCGCAUCACCUGCCCCAUCUGCAUUGACAACCAGAUCAAGCUGAUCUUCCAGUGUGGCCACGGCUCCUGUCCCGAGUGCAGCGCAGCCCUCAACGUCUGCCCCAUCUGCCGGCAGCCCAUCCGGGAGCGGAUCCAGAUCUUCGUCUGAGCAAGCUGAAUGAUGAGGUUUGCAGGCUGCUGAACAAAAGAGCAUAUUCACAGCUUUCAGAGGAGAUGCUGGGUGUCUCCAGCUCUGAAGGACAGUCGGAGGCAGCAGAGGUGAGCCACACCGAGGAUUGCAUUGUCAUCACCGCUGUGAGAAAUUCUGAGCUCCUCUCAGAAGCGUACAGGAUGGAAAAACUCACAGCACGGUCAGGAGAUUCCUGUCCUGGAAACACCAUUACAGUGGGCAGGGGCUGUUUGUCUCAUGCCACUGGCUUCCACACUGAUGCCUGGGAAACCGGAGCCUGGUGGCUUGUCUAGACUAAGACUUUGCAGCAUAGCUACAGCUGCUUUGGUGCCAGUGUCAUGGGAUGUCCACACAGUGGACCAGAGUACAGCACUGUCCCUUAAAAUGUGUAGCAUGAGUGUGCAAACUGUGUUUUGCCCUAGUCUAUGCCAAAAAGCUGCCAUGGGCACAAACCCCACAGGGCCUAAAAAUGUGAACAAUCCUCUGCUAAAGGCCCUAGGGGACUAUGAGAUUAGGUCCUUGUUUCUACCAGCAUCUAGCAUCUCCCCUUGCUGCUGGUUGGUGAAGAACUCUUGCCUUCUGCGUGCCAGAAAAGGGCUGUGUAGUGCCCCCCAAAUGCAUGUUGCUGUAGGGCAGGCUCAGUAAUAAAUACAGGAUAUAUUGCUGCUUCAAGUGGCCUGCAGCUGAGAACCAAGCUUUCCCUGAGUUUAACCCUGCCUCCUCUCUUCCCCUAUCAUAACACAGCUGGAUUUUUGGAGAGAGCUUAACCCCAGGCAAAGAGGAAGUUCCUGUCCUUACCAGGGACAGGGUUGCCUGAGAAGUGACUUGUCUCAUUAAAGAGGUCAACCCUGCAAACGCAAUGCAUUCCCGACGCAGCUGCCUGGGGUCCAACAGCCAUGGAGCCGAGAGCUUUAGCUCCAUCUAGCUGUCCCUGUUCCACCACAUGCUGUUCCAUAAGCUUAAACUCAAAUGCCAGUGAGAGUUAAGCCCAUGUUACCAUGUCCUUGUUGCUGUUUUAACCUGCCUUAGCUAAAGCAUGGGUGAAGCCGAGCUAAGAUUAAUGCACUUUUUUACUGCACACCAUAUGCAGUCUAAGUGGUGCUGCAGUGGGCAAAGACGCUCUCCAUCCGGUGCAGCUGCCACUUAGCAGGGAAGGGGGCUGCCGGCAGAGAGUUUCCUUAAAGGGCCUGAGCUGGGGUGUUUGCUCUCCUGUGUGACACGGCAGUACCUGAGUUUGUUAACCAGCUGGGCAUGCUGACAGCCUCCAGUCUUCUUCUCAGCACUUGGGGGAAGUAGCAUUCCCCAGCUAAGAUGUUUCUAGCCAUGUCUGUUGCUUUCAACAUCUGGGCACUGAGGAGCUUGAGAAAAAGCAACAGCUAGACUUCAUUAUGCAAGGGCUAGCAGUUGAACCACUGAAUCUACCAAGCAGUUUUAAAUCUGGGCAUGGUACAUUUGCUUUGCAUCCUUGAAACAAGCAGCUAACAAAGCAAAGCUAGCAGGGGAGUAAGGCCCUGCUGGACUCUGUUGUCCCUUGUGGUCCAGAUGACAACAAUCCUUGCACGUCUGGGAGUAGCACCUGAGCAUCCCUCUGGGUCAAGGAAGGAGCAGGGUGAAGUGAACUCAGGGAAAGCACUGUUCUCACCUGCUCCUUCCCUCUUGUGUAUGUGGCUUCAAGCACUUCAUCCCAGAGCUCUCUGGGCUAUCUUCACACAUGCCCUGUGAGUCCCUUGUAUGUAGUGCCCUGGCAGUAAUGGAGUGGCCAGGGCAGCUCCUCCCCACCCAGUUGCAUGUUGCCUUUCUCCUCCCUGCUUCCUGGCUCCCUGCAGAGGAAAAUCACUGAAUGGAAUCUGGCUGAAUAAGAGCAGCCGCUGGACUCGCCCUCUCCUGGACUCCAGCUGUUGUACAAAUGUCUGUACAAGCGCCUUGCACAGCUCAGUUCCAGGGGAGUACAAGGCUCGCAUUAUCCAGCCUGCCCCCCUGCUCCUUGGAAGAUGCUGAGAUUAUAGACAGGUGUUCCCUGGGUUAAUCUCCAAAUGGGCAUUGCUUGGCACCCCCCACUCAACAGCCCUACUGUGGCUCUUGGUAUAUAAAGUUAGUGCUGGUGGAAAGUGCUGCAUGUACAUCCGCAGAGCACGAAGGUAGCUCAGUGGUCUGGAUCCAAGCGCCAGGGGGAACUCUCCACUGCUGUGAGUGGGUCUGGUGUUAAUCCUUCAUCCACAUGAGGGUGCCUGAUCUUGAAGCAUGGUCUACUAUUGUUCACCCCCAUGUGAAGAAGUUUGAGGCAAGCAGAGGCCAAGAAGGAAGGCAAGCUGGUUGCCUCUUCUCACCACUUCCUUGGGGAGGGAUCCGCGGUAUCCUCAGCCAUCCAUCUCACUUCUGCGAGUAUCACUAGGGGAACAGUGAGGGUUGUGUUUUUGGCAAUGAGGACUCUUGUGCAGCAGUGACUGGGACUGAUGCCUACCAGGCUCAUUGUGGGAUGGUAAUGAUCCUGGAUUCUUGAUGACUAACAGGAUUUAAGGAGUCCAGUAUGGAGCCCCUUAGCCGUGGUGGCUUGUGUGCAUCUGAGCCAAGUGCUGGGAUUGGCGAGCCGCUGUCUCCAAGCCCGUUGCAUCCUUGGGUUUUAUUUUACUGUCCAAGUUUGUCUCUCCUCCAUUCAGUGCUAAGUAGCAGCUUUGGCUCCACAGCCUGGGUGCAGCCUGCCUCCAUCUGGGAAGGUCAGGCACAACCCGUCCCAUCUCCCCUACCAGCUCCGGAAAUGCAAUCUUUGGAACGUGCUGCUGAUGGGGUUGUGGGGGAGGAGGUCUGCUUACAGCUUCCUUUCCCAGCACAAUGUCUGGGCUCCCAGGAGCAUUUCCUCCCCGAGUCAGAGAUCCUAUAUGAGGCCAAAGGGCUCGGGCUCUGUCCCAGCUGCCCCUCUCUACCCAUUUUGAACUCCCCGGUGCCUCCAAAAGGGGAAGGACAGCAUAAUGUUUUGGAGCUCCUGGUCUGAUGCCGCAGCCCCUCAGCUAUGCCUCCCACCCUGGGCUGAACCUGGGCUGGGCUUCCCCAGUCCCCUGACCUCCAUGAGCUGACUGAGAUGCAGGAGGAGGAAGAAAUGUCUCAUCUUCUCCCCCUUUGUGGCUGGGUGCUGCACAGAAGUAUUGCAAGAGACCUGUACUGAGGGCCGGGAUGAGCUGGGAGUGGUGCGUGGGGCCUGGUGCACAGCGCUUCUCCCUGCAUGCUGCCAGACAGGUUUGUUUGGGAGCUGUCCAGAAGGAGCUGGCACUGGCUGUAGCAUUUCCUGAUGUAACACUAAAGGAUGCUGACAAUAAUCCACUUAAGCCAGAGCAUGUCUAGUUGGAGCUACAAGCUGCGUGUGGGAGCUUUGCCAUACGCUAGGCAUUGUCCAUCACGCUGCCGCACCAAGCCCCAGCAGACGGGUGGGAAAGUAAGAGCAACGGGAAACCUUGCCACUUGCAUCUCUUCUCGACCGUUUUAUUUCUGCCAAGCAUGAAUCUUGCUGUCGAGGCUGCUACGUUUGUCCUACGCAGUGUCUUAGAAAAUAUCCCCGAAAAGCCUCCAGAUGAAGCCCAGGAUCCCCCCACAGGGUUGCUCACAGCAGGGAGGCAAGGGCUGUGCAGGCCAUCGACACACCCAGGUUGGUUCUCUCUCCCCUUCUCCCCACGUGGCUUCUCUCAUCUGUAACAUGUUCCAGCACCCCUGUGACUCCAGCCAUUGUUGCCAGGAAUAUUUUUCUGUCCCAACAUAGCCGGUCUGAUGGUUCUGGCGCACAGGCCAAACCAAAUAUCCAGACGUGAGAACUGAAAGCCUCCUACAUUCAACAGAGGGAUGAAUUGAGAAAACAGCCAUGCUUUGCACUUACCCAACUUGCUUGCACGCUUUGCACUUACCUGCUUGCUUGAUCUCCUGGGGCCUCACAAUACCUGUCAAUGCAAGGGGAAUAUUGUCAGCCCCGGGCUGCUCAGUAGUUGAGGGACUUGCCCCAAAUUGCACAGCAAGCUACUGCCAAAAUCAACCUUAGGCAUCUUUGACUUCCAGCUCCUACCCCAGGAGGCUCUGCCAUGCAGGAAGAAAUCCUGGGAGCUGGUCUGGAUCAGCCAAAGCAGGGGCUGGACGCUGCAGUACGUGGGCACGCAUGUGGCAUUGAGCAGGGAUACUCACCGAGUUCCUUGAAGGCUGUUCAUAAUAAAUGGAGAAAGCAGAUAUCAGAGGAGCCCUGCCAAUUCUUUUUUCAAAGUCAUUGCAGGACAGUGGGGUGCUUGCAAUGGAUUUGCACCCUGGGUCGUCACAGAUGUCUAUGGGAGAGACCUUCUGCACUAAUUUAACAAGCAGUGUUAGUGUGGGAACUUCCUUCUGUGUCAUGUCAUGGGCUGCACCUCCUGGGUGGAUCCCAAGCAGAAUCUGCAGGGAAGAAUCCAGAUGCAGAGCGAGACAGCAGGUGCUCACAGUGCUGCGAUCCCUUGCAGCUUGGUGAGUGUCCAAAUAAAACCUCCAGAUAACCUAGAAAAAAAGAGCUUUCUGCCUCUGACUCGCCUGGCGCCCCACUUACUGCCAUAGUAACCAAGAUUUGUCUUGGCCGUGUCGUCCAGCUGAUUCCUGAGCAAAUGUUUGGCUUCGAUGGAAAAAGUUCUAAAAUCAUCCUGCAGGCAGCAGCUGGCCGGAGCCACGCACGCAGAGCUGGCACCUGCUCCAGUGCCCCCUGCCCCAGCAGCAAGAAAGGAGGGGCACCUGCUUUCCAAGAAUGACUUUCACAUUAAGCUGUGAGUCACACACUUCCCAUGCAGCAGAUCGUAACCUCCU